AUGUCCGGAAAUAAACCUGCUCCAGUAGUCGACACAAACAAUACUUUCGAAGAUCUCAGCGGCAUUGCGACUUCAGCUUUCAGCAACCCAUAUGAUGCCUUGAUAGCAGCAUGUGACGACGAUGCAGCGCAGAUACAGACGAAAUACAGUCUGCACCGCUCCGCGAGGAAUGCUCAGCAAAAGGCCAAACUGCUCGACAGCAGCUUCCCUGGUGUAAGCAUCGACUCCAUCUUGAUGAGAUUGAGCGAUCCGACCCUUGAGCCUGGCUAUGCAGACCCUAGGCACUGUCUUGUUUUCUGGGGCAGGCCAACCACCAAAGUCAAGGACUUGAUUGAGCGUGUCCAGCAGGAGCUGUCAACAGUCGCACCAAAUCUCUGGUUGAUGCCGAGGGACAAAUUACAUAUCACCGUGCUCGAAGUCACGCACUCGAAAACCUCUCCGGAGAUCAAGAGUUUGGUCGACAGUAUACGGGAUAAGGCACCAGCCAUCGACGACUAUACGUACAGUCAUCGUAGCCGAUUGAUCAAGCCACUCAUUGGCUUCGACGCAUCAGCACUUGCGCUAAGCUUUGUGCCCGCUGCCGGCGAAGGUCUGCAUUCCGGCCGCAAAUUGGAAGAUGACAGAUACACGUACCACCAUCUUCGCCGGGAUGUCUUUGGACUGCUGCGGGAUUCAGACGUACAGGUCGACUCUCGAUAUGUGGUGCCAUCAAGUCACUUGACAAUCGGACGCUUCAUUGAUGCCAAAGACUUUGCUGACGAGGAUGGAACGCAUGGUGCCUCGAAGAUGAAGGCGUUCGUUGACAAGAUUGAGGAGAUCAACGGUUGGCUUGAGAAAGAAUUCUGGCCCGAGCAUAACGAUGGAACCAUACCCGAAGGCGGCGAAUUCAAUGUCGGUGAAGAGACGGGCCUGCAUUGUCGCAUGGGCACGUUGUGGUAUGGUGGCGGAGAGGAGACACACAGUCUUUCCUCCUCGUACUCUAUUCUAACACCAAAAAUGUUCAACCGAGACCGCCUUCCUGGCUUGCCCGGGAGCUCCCCACGACCUCCGCCGCGCAACGAUGGUUACGGAAGACCACCACAGCAGCAGCAGCCGCCGCCCCAGCGCGCACCAGCCCACGACACAAGAAUGGGCGGCUAUGAUGACAAACCGCAAGGAGGCUACCCGCCGCAAGGUGGUCAACAGCGCAUGCCGCAAAGAGGGCCAGCACCGGGUGGUGCACCCGCGAGACAGCUUAGGCCCAUCAAAAGCCCCGGAGGCAACGCCUAUGCGUUUGGCAACCUUGUCGCUGUUUCCCCACAAGACUUUCCCCCAAGCCAGGACGGCUCCGACAUUUACCUCCUCGUAAACGGCAAUUACGUCCUCUCAGCUCGACCCAACUCGGAGUGCAACCCUGGUGAAAUCGGUCUCACAGAUGCACAGCGAACAUGGGCGGGUAUCACACUUGGUCCACAGGACAUGGUACAGGUACAGCCAUACGACGCCUUCAGCCAGAGCGGCGGACAGUCGUACUUGGGCGCAGUAGAGGUUGAAGUUGGGUUCGCGGCAAGGAAGACGACUGAGACUCCUUACGACCAGGAUGAGCUGGCAACACAGUUCAAGAAGAACUUUGAAAACCAAAUUCUUGCGCCCGGUCAGCAGCUCCUGCUCGACGUCAAAAACAUACCGUUGAGGAUGUCGAUCCGCACUGUAACGCAGGUGGACCUAUCGAUGAACAACCAGGACGCUUCUGCGCCGCCGCUGACAGAUCCCCGAGCUCGCGGUAUCCUCACUAGACAUACCGUGAUUGACUUCUUCAAGGAUGCCCGUACCGACAUCAAGUUGAAAUCAUCGAACAGGCGGCCGGCUGCCAACUCUAUCAUCCAGCCAGGGUUCAAGUUCGAGGACAUGGGCAUUGGUGGUUUGGAUAACGAGUUCAGUGCCAUCUUCCGAAGAGCUUUCGCAUCGCGCAUCUUUCCUCCAGGCUUGGUCGAGAAACUUGGCAUACAGCACGUCCGCGGUAUUCUGCUAUACGGUCCUCCGGGUACUGGUAAAACCCUGAUUGCGCGUCAGAUUGGUAAGAUGUUGAACGCUCGCGAGCCAAAGGUUAUCAACGGCCCUGAAGUGCUCAACAAAUAUGUCGGUCAAUCAGAAGAAAAUAUCAGAAAGCUAUUCGCAGAUGCUGAGAAAGAGUACAAAGAGAAGGGUGACGAGAGUGGUCUCCACAUCAUCAUUUUCGAUGAACUGGAUGCUGUAUGCAAGCAGAGAGGCUCUGGUGCAGGUGGCGGCACUGGUGUUGGCGACAGUGUUGUCAACCAGUUGCUUUCGAAACUAGACGGUGUCGAUCAACUGAACAACAUCUUGCUUAUUGGAAUGACGAACCGCAUGGACAUGAUUGACGAGGCGCUCUUGCGUGCGGGCCGACUGGAAGUCCAUAUGGAAAUUUCUCUACCGGAUGAGAAGGGACGAGCUCAGAUUCUCAAUAUCCACACUACGAAGAUGCGCAACAACGAUGUCAUUGAGAAGGAUGUCAAUGUUGAUGAGCUUGCGAAAAUGACUAAGAACUUCUCGGGUGCCGAGCUGAACGGUCUAGUAAAAGCAGCGUCGUCUUUUGCGUUUAGCAGGCAUAUCAAGGUCGGUACAAUGGCCGCCAUCGACCCUGACGUGGAGAACAUGAAGGUCAGCCGCCAGGACUUCUUGAGCGCUCUCGACGAAGUGAAGCCACUGUUUGGUGUGGCCGAGGAGGAGCUUGGCAAGCGCAUCUUGCGCGGCAUUAUCCACUACUCGCCGUUCAUCAAGGAUAUUCUCGAGGAGGGGCGACUGUACAUCAACCAGGUCAGAAAACCCGACUCGACUCCAAUCCUCUCCGUUGCACUACACGGCCCGCCCGGAAGUGGCAAGACUGCGCUAGCUGCGAGAAUGGCUAUCGACUCGGGAUUCCCAUUCAUCAAGUUGAUCUCACCGGAAGACAUGGUUGGCUUUAGCGAGAUGCAAAAGGUACAGCAGCUCGACAAGACUUUCCGAGACGCAUACAAGAGUCCACUUAGCGUCAUUGUUAUCGACAAUGUUGAGAUGCUCGUUGACUGGGUACCCAUCGGACCCCGUUUUAGCAACAGCGUGCUGGUUGCACUAAAGGUGCUACUAGAUAAGCAACCUCCCAAGGAUCGUCGCCUGUUGAUCUUCGCAACCACAACCGAACGCUCGGUGCUGACCCAACUUGACCUAUUCAGCCGCUUCGACGCCGAGAUCGCGGUACCGAACGUCAACACCCAGCAGGAGCUCGCACAUAUCCUGCAGGAGUCCGGUGCAUUCGAUGACAUCAACCGUGCUAUCAGGGAGAUUCAAGAAAGCACUGACAGCCAAGAGAUUGGCGUUGGUAUCAAAAAGAUCCUGACAGGCAUUGAGACAGCGAAGCAGGAUCAGGACGUGCCUGGACGCUUCGCAAGGGUCAUGUCUCGGGCCAUUGCAGCGAAUCGUGGAACAUAUGGACAAUAG